AUGCCCAAAUCAAUGAAGUUAUUGAAUCGAUUGAUGAAUCAUUAGGACUUUUAUCUAAAAUUACUUAUCCAUCUCUUGUUUAAUUCAAAAGAGUUUAAACUAAUCUAGGAAGAAUCUAAACUACUUUCCAAAACCAUUCCUCAUUUCCACCUAUCAUUAGAAUUAGUAACUGAAUAAAACUUUGCUGAUUAAGAAUCUCUCUUAUAAUUGAUUAUAAUAUUCAAUGAAUUAAGAGAUUAAUUUGUUCAUACUUUAGAUCAAGAAACUGCUGAUGAAUCCAAAUUUACUUCAAGAGUUACACAAUUAGAAAAGAAUUUACUCAAUUUCAAAGAGCUGUUUUCAUCAAAAACUUAGAAUUUGCUGCAAAUGAAUGUAUCUUUACUAAUUAUAAUAGAAAAAUUAGGUGAAACCAUUGUUUAUUUUGGAUAAAGAAAAGAUGCUAGAGCCACACUCUAAGCUUAAUUAUAAGCUGAAAAUGAUAACUAUGCUGCUGAAAUAGAUCUUUAUAAUAAAACUGUAACUGAAUAUAAAAAACAAAUUAAAAUUAGUAAAUAAGCUCUGGCCCUAAUAACAUAACCUAGCUUUGAAUUAUAUGUUAAAUCUAAAGUUGGAAUUUGA